UGCAGGUGGGCAUACAAGCGCCCUUCAGGAAAUGCUCCAUGAUGUCAACCAGUAACACUGCAAGUUUCAACGAACCCCGUCUGUGUACUACUAACUACGGUAAAGAACAGUCAGCAAGGAAGAGGGUGCAGCGGGAAACUCACACAUUACCAGGAACGUCUCACGCUUUCUGCCUUUCUUGAUCGCAUUCAGUGCGUCGACCUGGGCGCCCAGUUAAUCAGACAGCUUCAGCCUGGCGCGGCGGAUGACGAACAAGAGAUGAUUUGUAACUUGCGCACAAUUUCACUAGUUCUGCUCUGAUGAAUAUUUCCCCUUGUUAAUUCUCUUCGAUUGUUGUUCAAAAGGAGGCUUGUGAGACUUGAGCUGCAGUGACACGGGCAAAUUACGUAAAGAUAACGGGAAUACUUAAGGGAUUGUAUACUUUGGGGUUGUGGCACACUCACAUCGUAUGUUGGGCGAUGGAGAUCGCGACUUCUAGGAAACUUGGUAUCUUGCUGCCACUAUUUCUAUGGAUUUUUCCAGGUGAUGCAGAACUGAUUGUACCGCACGCAAAUAUUGAAGUCAUCAACGGUCAAAAUGUGGUUCUACAGGCCUGGUAUAUAGCCUCGUCUAACAUCAGUGGAAACACAAUCACCUGGAACUUCCAUUCCAAUAGUUCCUCUUCGGUCAUUUCUCACGUAGGGGGCAAACCGAGUAAUGGCGGCCCGCAGUUCAUGAGGCGGGUGAGGUUUGUUGCAGCCAUGCCCAACAGCAACGUGUCCAUCCUCAUCAACAACACCAGGGAGAAUGACUCGGGCCGCUACGCCUGCAGCGUCAUCAUUCCAGGAGGAAUUUCCUUCACCGAGGAAAUCGCGCUCACCGUCAAUGUUCCUCCCUCACCACCGGUGUGCAGACUGACAGGGAAGCCUGUGCUGAAGGGGAACGUUACCCUGAGCUGCAAAUCCACAGCCGGCAAACCUGUCCCAAUGUACAAGUGGAGUAAGACCUCCCCAGUGACCGAGUUCUUCUUCUCCCCUAUGCUGGACGAGAAAGAGGGCAUGCUCAGACUGAACAAUCUCACCAAGAACAUGACGGGGAAAUAUGUGUGCACAGCAAGAAACACUGCAGGCUCAGAGACCUGCUUCAUUAAUCUGGAGGUCAACACCUCCACCAGUGCCGGGGUGAUCGCUGGGGCGACAGUGGGCACGUUGGUGGGGGUUCUGGUCCUGGUCCUCAUCUUCUUCUUCAUUCUCAAGAGACGGAGAGACAACGAGGACGACAUGGCCAACGACAUCAAGGAGGACGCUCAGGCUCCCAAGCGCGUCUCGUGGGCCAAGAGCGGCACGGGCUCAGACAUCAUCUCCAAAAACGGCACCCUGUCCUCCAUCGCUACCAACAACCACCCGCGGGACCACCUGUACCCUCACCACCCGGCCUCGGACACCGCCUCCGUCAUUACGGCCACGGGCAGCACCAUGGGCUACCGGCCCCGCCCUGGAGCGGAGCCCAGCCCUCUGCAGGGUCUGCCGGGCUACCACCCCAGUGCCAGCCUGCCCCGCGUACCCCUCGGGCCCCCCGGACCCCCCAGCACCAACGGGUCCAGCUCCCUGCACAGACCCGAGCCCGCCCAGGCCCAGGCCCAGGCCCAGGCCCCGAGACCGCCCCUCGUGGCCACCAACGUCACCUCCGCCAACAUCGCCCGCAUGGGAGGGGUGCCCAUCAUGGUGCCUGCCCAAAACCAGGCCGGCUCUCUGGUGUAGUGAACCACGGACGGACCCUGUAAACUAUUGUACAGAUUCUCCAGAUUGAAGAAGAGAAAAAAAAAACAAACAGUAAAAUGCUUCCAGUGAAUCUAAUUAGCGAUGAGGAAAAAUGUGUUUUUGGAUUUUGGAAAUAGCUGGUUGUUAGCGCUUAAGGUGCAUCGUCAACUAAAGUACAGUGCAGAUGUGUCACAUGAUGUGAUUUACUUCAUUUAAGUGUACACUGAAUUUUUAUAUUAGUUUUCUUUUAAUAUUCAUGGUAUAUUCAGAAAUGUACAGAUAUAAAUUUAAUGCUGUACCACA